GUGCAAGCCUUCCGGGUUCCGGCACAGGCGGCACUUCUCUCCCCCGACUCUCCCCGUCUCCAACGUUGCCACGGGCGCCUUCCAAUUCCGACUCCUACCUAUCCUCCGGCCGCCACCGCACAACCCGGCCCCCAUGGCCGCCGCCUCCACCUCCCUUUCCCUUGGCUUCUCCUCUCUCCUCUGCCCAACUCCCAGAAUCCGACUCCUGCCGCAGCCGCAACCACCGAACCCCAACAAUCCCCCUAAACCCCUCCGCCUCGGCCUAACCCUCGCCCCGGCGGCCGCGGCGCCGCGCCCCGACGCGGUGCCGGACGGCGUCGCCAUCGCCGACGUCGUGGAGAAGGACUGGUCCUUCCUCGAGCCCGCGGGGGCGGGCGUCCAGCGCGCGCUCGCCGCGGGGGCGCUGUCGCCGUCGUCGCGGGUGCUGGCCGUGACGCCCACGGCGUCCUUCGUGGGCGCUCUGCUCGCGUCCUCGCCGUGCGGGCUCCUGGUGGCCGCGCACGAGUCGCUGUACGUGCUGGCGGGGGUCAAGGAGGCGCACGACGAGGUGAGGUGCUUCCACCUGGAGGGCGGCGGCGGGGGCAGGGGCGGCGGCGUGGUGGAGGCCGUGCCGGAGAGGUUCGACGACUUCGACGCCGUGUUCGUGUGCUACUUCCCUGGGAUGGGGGUCUCCGCUGCGGCGCUGCUCAAGUCGCUGGCCAAGAGGUGCUCCAAAGGUGCAAGAGUUGUCAUGUUCUUGGAUCAAGGCAGGCAGAAUUUUGAACAACACCGGAGAGAGCAUCCUGAUGUUGUAACAUCUGAUUUGCCCAGUAAAUCCUCACUAGAGAAGGCUGCAUCUGGGAACAAGUACGAGAUAACAGAGUUUGUGGAUGAGUCUACCUUGUACCUAGCUGUUUUGCAAUUUCAAGGAUGAGGAUUUUCGAUAUUUUGUAAAGCAAAUCGUGAUUGCUUGUGAUGGCUAGUUUGAGUGUGGCUUAUGUAGUUAUAUCUCUUUGGCCAGCUUGUGUUUAUAAUUUUUGGUGCUCUGUUCAUUUCGUUUGAGAUCUAAUGGAUCACCAGGGCAAAUCUUGACCAUGUGAUGGUUGAUAUUCUUAAAGCCUGGAUAUUGAUCCAAGCGUUUUGCAUUCAGAGCACGUACAAUGGGGAUGCUCAGUACAGGUGCAUAUGGGAAAAAGUUUUUCUUUUUUUCUUGCUAUAUUAUCAUGAGGUGUGAUAA